UCCUAAGGGGUCCCUUGAAGUAUUUCCGUGCACGACGCAGUCAGUGGUAAACCGAGUAUGAAACGCUCGGAAUGAGUAAACGAGGAACACUGUUCACGCCCAGUUCUGCGCUCAGAAAGUGUUGUUCAGUCGCGCAGAGCCCCGGCCGUGUAUCGCCAGGCGAAGCUUUGCGAAAUUCCAAAAGGGAAAAUGGGAGACGGAAGUAAUCAAAGUUGGUAUACAUCCUGGACAACUCUGUACACGUGGUAACUUAUGGACGGGAAAACUUUUAAUUAGACUUGGCAACACGCGAAGUGGGAAGAUUCCCAAGGAAUUCCGGAUAUAUUGUAUUUUGGACGGCUACAGUUGCGAGCGUCUGUUACAGGAAGUGAUGGAACCGGAAUGUCCAGAGUCUGGUGCUGCUCAUUGUGAUGUCACUGCCGUGGGGCCCUCAGACACGCGCGCUCUGGACUGUGGUGUCCAACACUCCGACCCGAGCACUGCCAAUUGUGAUGUCACUGCGAAUUGUGAUGUCACCGCAGCGCUGACCUCUGACCCGGCCGCUCACGACGAUGUCGUCGCGGGGGUGAGCGGCACCGCGGGCGCCCCACGCCCAGGCCUCCUCCAGGGGAUCGCCAAGGCCCCCGCGAAACUCUGCGGCUACCUGCACAAGCUGGGGGGCCCCCUGAAGGGCUGGAAGUCGCGCUGGUUUGUGUACGAGGAGAGGAGCUGCCACCUGUUCUAUUACCGGACGGCGCAGGACGCCAGUCCGCUCGGCAACAUCGCCCUCACGGACGCGACGUUCCACUACCCCGCCGAGGCCGACCCGGGCACCUUCCACAUCCAGACCCCGCAGAGAACCUUCGUCCUCAAGGCUGUGAAUCGGGAGACGAUGAUGUACUGGCUGCAGCAGCUGCAGCUGCGGAGGUGGCGUCACAGGGACGUGGCCGGACGCCGGUCUGCGCAGGUCUGCGCAGACACAUGCAGGGAGGGCACGGCAGACAGCACCACCUUCUGCGCAGAUGACUUCCUGACCAUAGUGAAAGUCCCCACUGGGCUGGUGGGAGAGGAGGCUGCCCGGCAACCAGCGCCACGGCAACAGGCCACCCUUAGCAACGUUUCCUUCAAGCACCCUUUCACAGAGAUACAGAACUCGGUGCGCAGUCUGCGACUGAGCCGGUUGUCGCAGGAGCUGAGCCGGAGUGUGUUCCACUACGAGCUGUCAGAGGAGACCACGCCCAAGGACCCUGAGGGCCCCGCCCCUAACGCCCCAACACAGGAGAGCCCCGCCCCUAACACCCCCACACAGGAGAGCCCCGCCCCUAACGCCCCAACACAGGAGGGCCCCGCCCCUAACACCCCCACACAGGAGGGCCCCGCCCCUAACACCCCCACACAGGAGGGCCCCGCCCCUAACACCCCCACACAGGAGGGCCCCGCCCCCAAAAGCCCUGCCCAGGGGAGCCAGAAUGCUGCAAGUACAGUGCCCCCUGAGCCCCUUGACCUCUCGGCGACCUCCAGCUCGCUGCCGGCCGCUCAGGGAGAGGACCGAGAGGAGGGCAGGAGAUCGCCGUGCCCCUCCCCAAACCUGCAGACCAGGAGGAACAGGGCGGGGCACUCCGCCUCCCUGCCCAGUCACUGCACGCAGGACAGGAUGUCCCGUCUGCAGCAGGAAGAGCACACGCUGUCUGAGGAGCUCAGGAUCCAGAAAGAGCUGGUGAGGCUGCUGCACCGGGCCCUGGAGGAGGCUCACAGGGAGAAGCGGGGCAGCGCGGUGCGCCUGGCGUCGGAGGAGGAGGAGGAGGCCCUGUGUGCGUGCGAGAGGCGCAUCAUGGAGCUGACGGCGCAGCUGCAGGCCCAGCGGGACCAGCAGGGGGCGCUGCAGGAGCGGCUGGCGCAGAGGGAGGCGCACGAGGCCGAACUGGAGCAGCACCUCCUGCUGAUGGCUGAGAAGAACCGGGCCAAGCAGGAGGUGGUCCUGCUGCUGUCCCGGCAGGUGGAGGCCUGCCUGGCUGACCCGCUCCGCCCUGUGACCAACAGCAUGGAGACCGGCACCUUCACACAGCUACAGGAGGAGAUACGGCAGCUGCAGGAUGACGUCAAGGCCUUCAGGACCCAGAACAAGUUCCUGAACUCUGAGAUCUACCAGCUGACCUGGCUGUGGAGGCGGAGCUCCGAGCAGGAGAAGAACUUAAUGAUGAAGUGUGCCUACCUGGAGAGCCGGAACUUCCAGAAGGACCGGCGGUACCUGGGCAUGCUGAAGACCCUGCAGGAGAGCGAGCACCUGGACCCCAGCCAGCAGGAGGCGCUGCAGAGCCUGAUCGAGGAGGCGCUGCUCGGGGACAUGAAGAACCGGCUCAAACUGGACCCCAUCAGGGAGUACGACGACUACGGCUUCAGGAUCGCCCCGGACUUCGACUUGGAGGACGUGAAGCUCCUGGCCAAGAUCCAGGCGCUGGAGGUCCCGUCCCACAACGCCCUGCAGCGGGAGGCGUCGGCGGGGGACGCCUCCCUGUCGGCGCGCUGGGCGCAGCACCUGAGCAGCUGUCCCGCGGGGGACCUGGUCCCCGUCCCCGAGCUGAAGCCCCUGCUGCGGGCCGGGGUGCCCCCGGAGUACCGUCGGCAGGCGUGGCUGUGGCUGGUGCGGUCCCGCACGCGCUACAUCCGGGAGCCCCACCCGCACCGCUACCGCCAGAUGCUGGAGAAGAGCGGGGCCACGCCGCACCCGGCCUCGCGCCAGAUCCAGCUGGACCUCCACCGCACGCUGACCGGCAACCAGCACUUCUCCUCGCCGUCCGACCCCGCCGUGCAGCAACUCCACCGCAUCCUGCUGGCCUUCUCCUGGCAGAGCCCCGCCAUCGGCUACUGCCAAGGGCUCAACAGGCUGGCCGCUCUUGCCCUGCUGGUGCUGCAGGAUGAGGAGGAGGCGUUCUGGUGCCUGGUGGCGGUGGUGGAGACCAUCAUGCCGAAGGAUUACUACAGCAAGACGCUCGCCGCCUCCCAGGCAGACCAGCGUGUGCUGAAGGACCUGAUGCUGGAGAAGCUGCCCCGCCUCGCCGCCCACCUGGAGGAGCUGCAGGUGGACCUGUCCCUCAUCACCUUCAACUGGUUCCUGGUGGUCUUCAUCGAGACCCUGAGCAGCCACAUCCUACUGCAGAUCUGGGACUCCUUCCUGUACGAGGGCAUCAAGGUGCUGUUCCGGUACGCACUGGCCCUCCUGAAGUACAGAGAGGAGGACAUUCUGAAAAUCCAGGACAAGGUGGAGAUGUACCAGUACCUCCGAUUCUUCACCAAAACCGUCACCGACGGCCGGCGACUGAUGAACAUCGCCUUCAGCGGCAUGAACCCGCUGGCCAUGAAGCUGCUGAUUGGCCGGCGGGCGGCGCACCUGGAGAGGAUGAGGGCGGAGCUGUGCGAGCUGGAGCGAAUCCAGAGCGAGUACACCGCCCAGAACAGGGAGCGCUCCGACAAGGAGCUCUACGCCACCACCAGCGAGGACGAGGACGAGGUGUAGCCCCGGGGACACAGCGCCCCCUCCAGGCCUGGAGUUAAACCUGCAGACACUGCAGCCCUCUCCAGGCCUGGAGUUAAACCUGUAGACACAGCGCCCCCUCCAGGCCUGGAGUUAAACCUGCAGACACUGCAGCCCUCCAG